CGGGGUUGUUGAUCCCGCAUCUAAAAACAAAUGUAUUUUUAUUGCUAAUAUUUACUCCCCUCUUAUUGGAGCUGCAGCCUGCUGCCAACAGCAACUCUGCAAAGUGAUUUUUAAAGCAAUAAAUAAAUUCCCAUGUUAAAGUGCAGAUUAGUAAACCAUUGGGGGCUCAUAUUUAAGAAGCAGUUGCCUUUGCCCUGGGGCAGUAACCUGCGGCAAGCAAUAAGCAAAGAAGGCUUUGAACUCUAUACCUAACGUUGCACCAUUGGCCUCUGACAAAACAGGACAGGGGCGGGCUGAUGUCACUGGGGGCGUGGAGAAGUGACGACACCCACCAACAUAUAAACAAGUCUGUGACUGGAGAGAGAAGUUGCCCUGUCAGUAAAUGUAGUUCAAAGUGUGCACCAACGCCAUUGUCACGUAGUCACUGAGCACCAAUCUACUUCCCACCGCCCCAUUUCCUUUCAAUCCUUCUGCUCCUAAACGUGUCCGGUACGUCUUGGAGCCCCCUCCUCUAUGAGCGGCUCAGCUAGUCACGUGGUUCGGCAUCCUCUAUACAAGCAUGCCGGAGAUGACUCAGAACAACUCCCCUCCCAAGACUAAACACAGGAAGAAGAACAGGGAGAGUCACAAUGAGGUGGAAAGGCAUCGGAAGAAGAAAAUAAACUCUGGAAUAAAUCGCAUUGGAGACCUUAUACCCUGUUCCCCCGCCCUGAAGCAGAGUAAGAAUAUGAUCUUGGAGGAGGCUUUUAAGUACAUCACAGAACUGAAGAGGCAAAAUGAUGAGCUGUUGCUGAAUGGGGGAGACAAAGAACAAGCUAUCGAAAUCAGAAAGCUUAGAAAGGAGUUAGCAGAAAUUCUGAGGGAGAAUGCUCAUUACAUAGAACUUCUUAAAAGCAACGACAUCUGCUUGUAUGAUGAUCCCACCCUGCAUUGGAAAGGAAGCCAUAAGAACUUGAAAGCUUCCUUGGUUGUUCCGGCAGACCAGGUGCAAAAGCCCUUGUGCCUCAGUGGAAAUCAGCUGAAUUCCAACAACUCCACUGCAGCAGUGCACGGAAUUACAUUCAAUGUGGGAAACAACCUACAGAAGCAAACUGCUAACGUUGUGCCCGUGCAGAGGACCUGUAAUAUAGUAACACCUAUCACCAUAUCUGGGAUGUCUCUUUUGGAAAGUAAAGCAUGGCAACAAAGUGCUGCAUCUAUAACUUCAUCCAAUCAACAGGCUCCACUGUGUCUGCCUUUAACCACUCCAGCACCAAUCACUGUUAGCAUCACUUCUACGGUUGAGAGGUCAGUUCUUGUCCCCAUCAGUUCUGCAUGUCAUCCUCUAUUAAACAGUUCAGCAAGCCAGAUACAGUGCUCUUCCACCCAGACAUCCCUGCUUGGAGAGAACAGAAUGCAAGGAAAUGAAGGUACAACACAUCCGGAUAAUCUGCCAAAAGUAUCUCCAUCCAUCUCUUCAAGCCUCCCAUCCAACUUGUCUUCAUUAGUUCCUGAAGUGCCAUUAGUUAGUGUGUCUGGAACAAGUUUACAGGAAUCUGUAAAUUUGCUUCAGGGGCAGUUGCAAGGAUCUGCCAGCUGUGCAGUAAAUGAUGUCAUCCAAGAUAUUUUUCCUAAUAUCACUGCUGACUCCAGCCUUCACAUAGCAAACUCUUCCAGAGAGGUUGUCACUGCUGCUGUGGAAAUAGCAACCGGAUCAACUGUCUGUACAAGUUCUGCAACACCACUGGAAAACAGCUGGUCUCUUAGUGCUUUACCAACUCAGGAUUUGAGAUCUAUUGGAAGUUUAGCUCGGGUUCCCUCACAUGGAAACACACAAACCACAUGGACAACUUUACAAAUAGCAAGAAGUACCAUACAGCCAUUAAGCCAAGCGCCUCCUAGUGGUGUUCCCAUGUUACUAACUGAAAAGCGACUGUGUCCCAAAGAAGUCAUUGCUAACAGACCAACACCUUGUAUAAACUUGAACAGUUUGGCAUCAGACACUGGCAAGCCCGUUGAACAAGUCAUGGUAAAAAUGUCUUCUUGCCAACCUGUACAUGUUCAAUCACUGAUAUCCCAGCCACAAGCUGCAACCAAUAUUCUUCCUCUUAAUCAGCCAGUACAGGUAAUACAAGUGGCUCAACCAGUCACACCAGCUGUAAACCCUGCUCCAGCCAAUCAAAAUAUUAUAUUUUUCCAACCUCCCGCACCAGCUCCUUGUACCCCUGUUAUCCGGGCAGAGGCUCCUAAGCCUACAAUUGGCCAGCAAAUUGUAAUAAUCCAAGCAGCACCUAAUCAAAAUCCUCUUCCUUUAAUGCAAACUCAAGCAACACCCCCUGUUGUAGUACCCUUAAAUCCAGCCAACCCUGCUAUCUGCCCUUCAAACACUGUGCAAAGCACAGCUCCACCACAAACAUUUGGUGGCAAGCACCUUGUUCAUAUACUGCCGAGGCCUGCAACCUUAGUAGCACCUUCCACCACACAAUCUGUGCCUACUUCCACAGCGAGCUCAAACCAACAGCCACCAACGAUUUCUCUAAAUGGACAAUUGUUUGCAUUACAGCCGGUGACUCCUUCCGCUGGCACAUCAAGUCAAACACACAUGCAGAUUAUCCAGCCCACCACUAAUGAAGACCCCAACACUAAUGUUGCCUUGAAUACCUUUGGUGCUUUGGCCAACCUUAGUCAGAGCAUCUCCCAAAUAGCUGGACAAAGUUGCUUACAGUUUAGUGUUAAUCCCUCUGCAGCUUCUGUAUCAUCUGCCAAUAUCCCCUUAAAUUCUGUCUCUACAAGUGGAGCUUCAACCACUGCUGAAAGUCCAUCUAUUACUUCACCCCCAGCAAAAGCUGCAUGUGCAAAACAUCCAGGCGGAUCACCAACUACAAAAGCCAAGAAAGCAAUAAAAAAAAUAAGUGUUAAGAAAUCAGCUUCUACUAGAAAAGACAAUAUUUCCUCAAAUAAAUUGAAUAAAUCUGAGUCCUUGUGUGUAGAGAGUUCAAAGUUGCCCUGUACUGGAGAGUUUCAGAAACAUCAGGAAAAUGCAUGUGCGGUAACUUCUGCCCAAGUAAACUCAAAUGUGUCCGACAUUAGUUUACCCAAAGGUGGUAAUCCUGAGAGAGUCCAAGAAAGCAUUACUUUGGCUGUGUUAAAUAGUGGCAUGGAAGAAAGACUACUUCCUGAAUCUGGAGAGUCUUGUCCCUCAGAAUUGUCAUCCACCAGCGAUCAUGGUUCUGGUGCAAACGCUUGUAUAAUUCAGAUACCAGACUCGUCAUCAGAAUCGCUGAACAUUUCUGCAGGGCCUACUUGUCAGCAACCCAUGCAUGAUACAACUGUUGGGGUAUGCACCAGUCAGGCAGGAGUAUCCGCAGCUGGGCCUUCCCAAGUCUUAACUGGCUCUGAUUCUUGUGCAAGUGAAAUAAACACUGCCGCUUUAACUGCAACAGAUUUGCUAGAAGCACAGAUUUUGUUAGGUGAUCGAAAGGGGAAAUCUCUCCCUCUAGUAGUAUCCACAAAAGAAAUGGUUGGAGAUGAACUGAUCUACAAAAGGGAGAAGUCCAAAGAAUCUGUGUCUUCUGAACAAGUAAAGGAGGAUGUAUCGCUGCUGCCUAUAGCAGCUGUUUCUGUUUCCCCGAAUAAGUCAGGUACUACUGAGCAGGAAAUGGGAGUCUGUAGUUCUGUUGUUAAUAGCAGACAAACGGACUCGCCCAUGUCCACGAGCUCUAGUAGCAGCCGCAAUUUUUCUGUUGCCUCCAUGUUGCCAGAUACAAGUAGGGAAGAUGUUACCAGUAACGCUGCCCCAGUGCCAGAAUAUACUGGUUGUCCAUUUGCUGAACAAAGUGAUAUUGUUGCAGUAGCUGCAAGGGCCAUUUUUGAGCAAGAAAACCUGGCAAAAGGAAGACCCAGACCACAGCCUGAAACCCCAGCUCCUGUUUCCAGUAACUCUGAUGCUGCAUUGUUGAUGCCUGAUUGUCGAAAUCACUAUAAACCUCUGACUGAAAAACAGAGCUUUAUUCAGCUGCCUGCAAAAUCCACUUCCUUUACACCACUUGACACAAAUCCCAUCCCAACUGCUGAUCCAAUGGAGGAAAAAAAUAACUGUCCUGUGGGAAUCAACACAACAAACCUCUCGCUUAAUAUUCCAUUGUCUCAAUCCCAAAAUGUAACUAGUUUAAGUAUUAAAAACUUGAUCCAACAUGGCGGCACAACCCAUUCCAUCGUUAACUUUGCUAAUGCAUCUCAGACACUGGAGCAGGUACUACCCUUGCCUACACCCUCUAAACCAGUUUUGCCCUCUGGUAAUUAUGAAAGCCAGGCUCACAGAUCCUCUGCCUUAUCUGAAUAUUCUCAGGAACAGCUGCAUUCUGUGAGGAGCACUGUCAUGCAAGUUACGCACACAACUGAGUCUCUGUUAAAACAAAGUGAGGAGCACCGGAAGGAUUCUAACAAGCGCUCGGCACAUGAGGAUGACUUGCUUUCAACAGCCAAGAGACCGAAGCAGUGCCAGGCUCCACUGAGGCUCGAAAGAAUCCAAGCCCCGGAUGGUCUUCGAGAGCAGAAUGAAAUAAUGGUCAGUCGCAUGCCUUCCAAUACGUCUUCAUCUGUGUCUGGUGGUAAUACAGUGCAUGAAGCUGGACUUGUCCCUUUAUUCUCUUCUAGUAAUAGUUUUGUUAGACAGUCAGACCUCCGUUGCAGUUCUCAGACAUCUGUUUCUGAGCAUCAACAUGGGCAGAUGGUGAGUCAGCAUUUAAUACAGCAGCACACUCCAAAUCAUCAGGGGCCAUUACACCAUAGUAGUGUUCCAUACUUGAAGCAGCAGCAACAAGCUGGCCACUUAAGAGAGCAACAUCACUUGUAUCAGCAGCAGCACCAUGGUGCUCAUGCAGAGAGUGCUGUGCAUGCACAGUCUCGCAGUGUGCAGCAGCAAAGACUGAUCCAGCAGGAUGUUCAGAUGCAGAAGAAGCAGGCUCCUGUACAGAACAGCCAGCCCACACGGAUGUCUUUGCAGCAUAAACAACAUUUGUCUGAGCAGAACUGCCCAAAAGGAGCCCAGACUCACCAGUCUCAUCACCAGCCGAUCCAGCAGCAAAUGCAGCCUCACUUUGGGCCUUCCCAGGCAGACAAAACAUGUGAGAAUACUGCAUCCAACCGGAGCCACCGUGGUACACAUCCACAGAGUCAUGUGUCCCAGGAUAUACUUCACCAGCACCAACAAGAUGUCGGCAGUAGAACCCAAGGACCACCAGUAUCUUCUGAGCAUUUACCUGGCCACAACCAAGUUCAGAGGCUGAUGACCUCAAGGAGUUUGGAGCAGCAAUUGGUUUCCCAGCCAAGCAUCAUAUCCAGACCAACAAACAUGACAUGCACCCCACACAGGCAAGAAAGGAAUAGAGUAUCUAGUUAUUCUGCUGAAGCCCUGAUAGGCAAGAGCACUUCAAAUUCUGAGCAAAGGAUGGGACUUUCUAUUCAAGGCUCCAGAUUCUCAGAGCAACUUGAAAUGAGAAAAUAUUUGGAUAUCUCUAGAAACAAAGGCCUGGAGGUCCAUAACAUACAGGGUCAGUUAUCCAUCGAGCACUCUCUUAAUACGGAUGCCCAAUGCCUUCCUGAUUGUCAGUCUUUUAAGGCAGGUGGAUCUAGUCAACAGCAACGGGGAAGCUUUGAUGCCCAGACUCUGAGACCUAAUGACACAAACUCCGGCCCCUCCAUGAGGGGCGUGCAGUCUCAAGCUUAUAGAAUUACACAGAACCCAAAUUUAUCCAUGGAUCAACAAAAACAUCUUUCAUACCAGCCAGCACCUGAAGUACCCCUCUCAAAUACACUCCCGAUUCGUGAUAGUCAAAAUUCCUGCCACCAGAGCUUCAUGCAGAGUUUGUUAACUCCACAUAUCGAACAGGUCGGGGUGGGCCAGAGGCUGAUUUCCAGUAAUCAGAGACAUUCCCAAUAUAAUGCAGCCCCUGGGGGAGUUGAAUACAGCUGCCCUGCUUCCCGUGAUUCUGUUCACCUUCGAAGAGAUGGCAAUGGACAGAAUAGGGAAAGUUGUGACUUGGCCAUUGCACAAGUGACUUCAAGGAGCCAUUCUUUAAGUAUUCCCUUCUCCAGUUCUACCUCCUCUGUGGAAAUUCCAGGUCGCAGCAGCAGCAGCCCUAAUGCAUCAAUGCAGAAGUCAAACGCCAUGCGACCUCAUGAGGCUCAAGGUGCAAAAAACCAUUUAAACAUUCAGGUUUCCAUUAACAUGCAUGGGGUUGUCCAUCCGACUAUUCCCCAGCAGUCCGUUUCCCAUAGCAACCUUGAUCAGAGGCAAAAUGUGAGGCAGCUUAAUCCCCCUAUAACUCAGCACUCACGACAUCUAAUGCCAGACAAUGCCGACUCCAAAGGCCGUCAGCCAGAAAGGAAUCGUCACGGAAACCAAAGGCAAAGUAAUAUGUUUGAGCAUGCUCUUCCACACCUUCCCUUAACUGGUCCCAGUAGCAUGAUAAUUGGACGCCAGCAGCCGGUAAAUGAUAAAAGGCCGGGUAUUGUACGUUUCAUGGCAGACAAUGCCCAGAUUUCCAGCGACAAUCCCGCUCCUGACCAGCACAGCCUGACCCAAAACUUUGGCUUCCCAUUUAUUCCUGAGGGGACGAUGAACCCCCCAAUCAAUGCAAACUCCUCAUUCAUUCCUCCGGUUACCCAGGCUGCUGCCACUCGCACACCUGCAGUUAUCACCGUUGAUCCCCAGAAUCCACUGCCAUCUUUUUAUCCCCCAUACUCACCUGCCCAUCCAAGCUUGUCCAAUGACAUUACCAUCCCCUAUUUUCCCAAUCAGAUGUUUCCAAACCCGGGCACAGAAAAAACCAACAGCACUGGCUUGAACAACAGGUUUGGAACCAUAUUAUCCCCACCACGGCCUGUGGGGUUCUCUCAAGCCACCUUCCCUCUUCUUCCAGACAUGCCACCAAUGCACAUGGCCAACCCCUCCCACCUGUCCAACUUUAACCUAAUGUCCCUAUUUCCAGAAAUUGCCACUGCUCUUCCCACUGAUGGCUCUGCCAUGUCCCCCCUACUCUCCAUUUCUCACUCUUCUGGAUCAGAUUCUUCAAAACAGUCCUCAAACAGACCGGCACACAACAUAAGCCAUAUCCUGGGCCAUGAUUCCAGCUCGGCUGUGUAAGAACAUGGGAGGGGUAACCCCCUGUCCUUGUUGUGGGGCAGCAGUUUGUAAGAUGAAAUACUCAUAUGAAUUGCGGUACAUUUGGCUUCCUGCGCUAAAAUUGUGUUUCUUCAUAUUAAUACAUGUGACAGCCAUAUUGUUUCCAUCACAGUUACAACGUGGGCAUUUAGCUUAUUCUGAGCUCAGAACAUUCAUUCUCUUUACAUUUACAUGUGAAUUGGUGCAAGCUGUUUUAUUGCUGCACAGUGAUAGGGGUGGAAUCUCCUGCUGUAAAUAAUGUACACUUGUAAUUUGGAGACUGCUGAUUGUCUCUUGUAAAUAUGUUGAAUAUUUUUGUACUCUUUAAGAUAAAAUCAUUGUUUUUGUUUUUAUCCUGCACUAUGUGAUUCCGAUUUGAAUCUGUGGCUGUUUCUGUAUCGAGAUUGGUUGGUACUGGCCUCCUUUUUUUUUUAUAAAGGCUUUCAGAUCUUGCAUAUCAAAA